AUGUCUGGAAACCUUGGGAACCCGUUUAUGAGCAACACCCCAACCUCGUCACCGUUGAAAGGGAAAAAUAAGCUCACCGAUUCACUAAGGGUCUCGAAGAGAAGUUCUGCAUCUCCUGCUAAUAGCAGCAGCAGCAUAUUGGGAAUAACCGGCUCGCCAACAAGAAGACCACGUACAUCCGGCUCAGUAGUAUAUGCUGAUAGAUAUCUGCCAACACGAACGGAAGUAAGUCUCCAUGCCAUAUCAUCCAUUGGUAAUAGUAGCAAUGUACCGACUUUAACAAGUGUAGAUACAGAAAAUGAGGUAGAAUCACAAAGGGAACGUAAUGCUCAUGAAACCUUUGAUACAGUGUUGAAAAAUGAAAUCUUCGGGGAGUUAUUAACAAAGGACGCAAUAUCAAAAGAGACAAGUAUAGACAGAAUCAAGAACACUACAGAUAUGAUACAACAACAACAGCAACAACAACAACAGUCAUCAACAUCUUCAUUAUCUUGGUUAGCUACCCCAUCUCCCGAGAGAAGACGCCAACAACAUGAUAUAUCUGAAAUCGGUGGAGAGUCCUCUUCUAUUUCCGCACCAGUUACUCCAAGGAGACUGUUUCCUUCCUCACAACAAGACGAUGACUCAAUGUAUCGAUCCUCAACAAAUUCUUCUCGUGGUGCCACCUUAUUAAGCUAUAGUCAUAGGUCUUCAACAAGAAGACCCUCCACAGCAUCUCUAUUACAAUCACAAUUUUUUGACCCCAUAUCCCCAGUGAGGCCAGAAUCAAAACAAUUAUUAUUAUCUCCAAGUAAACAGACAAGAAAAAUCUCAAAAGUUCCAUAUAGAGUCCUUGAUGCACCUUCACUGGCUGAUGAUUUCUAUUACGACCUUAUAGAUUGGUCUUCUAGCGAUAUGUUAGCUGUAGCAUUAGGUAAAUCCAUUUUCUUAACCAAUAAUUCCACUGGAGAAGUAUUUCAUCUUUGUGAUACAGAAAUGGAUUUUACUAGCUUAAGUUGGGUGGGAGCGGGCUCUCAUUUAGCAGUGGGUCAACGUAAUGGUUUAGUGGACAUAUAUGAUGUUACGAAAAAAAAAUGUAUAAGGACAAUGUCGGGACAAACGGAUAGGGUCUCCUGUCUAAGUUGGAAUAAUUAUAUCUUAUCAUCUGGUAGUAGAGAUCGAUCCAUUUUGCAUCGUGAUGUAAGAAUGCCAGAACCAUAUUUUGAAAAAUUGGAGACACAUACACAGGAAGUUUGUGGUUUGAAAUGGAACGUGGAAGAGAACAAGCUGGCGUCUGGUGGGAAUGAUAAUAUUGUCAAUGUAUACGAUGGUACCUCAAGGAGACCUACAUCAGUAUUCCAAGAACAUACAGCUGCAGUUAAAGCCAUUGCUUGGUCACCACAUAAAAGGUCUACUUUGGCAACAGGUGGUGGUACAGCCGAUAAGAAAUUAAAGAUAUGGAACGUUAAUACAUCGACAAAGAUUAGUGAUAGAGACACAGGAUCUCAAAUUUGUAAUAUGAUAUGGUCCAGAAAUACGGAUGAAAUCGUCACCUCACAUGGAUAUUCCAAAUAUAAUUUGACAUUAUGGGAUUUCCCAUCAAUGGAUCCAAUAGCUAUUCUAAAGGGACACAGUUUUAGAGUUCUACAUUUAACAUUAUCUGCAGAUGGAACCACUGUAGUGUCUGGUGCUGGUGAUGAAACUCUAAGAUAUUGGAAAUUAUUUGAUAAACCAAAGCACAAGAUACCAACAAGCUCUUCUGUUAUUUUCAAUUCUGCUAACAGAAUUAGGUAG